CUGUAUCACCUCACGUCCCAUCUCCGAUUGAACGCCGUCUACUGGGGCUUGACUGCUUUAUGCAUCAUGGGACAUCAAGACGCACUGGACCGAGAAGAGAUGAUACAAUUUGUGUUGUCGUGUUGGGAUGAGGACGCAGGAGCGUUUGGUGCCCACCCGUCCCAUGAUGCCCAUAUACUCGCAACCCUGAGUGGUAUACAGAUCCUCGUCAUCCAAGACGCGCUUGAUAGGUUAUCCCCUGAAAGAACAGAGCGUGUCGUCCAAUUCAUCCUCGACCGCCAAACACCUGCCGGCGUCUUCUCCGGCGACUCUUUCGGCGAAACCGACACGCGUUUCACGCACUGCUCCGUCCUCUCCCUCGCCCUCCUCGGCCGACUUUCCGAGCUCGACAAGCCGUACCCAUCGACCUCCGAAUCACACCCCGAAACCAGGAAAGCCAAGAUUCUGGACUACACGCGCAAGUGCCGAAACUUUGACGGCGCGUUCGGAUCCAAGAUCGAUGCCGAAUCGCAUGCUGCUCAAGUCUUCGUAUGCACCGGCACGCUAGCGGUGCUCGGCGCCUUGAACGAUCCGUCCUGCCUGGACCGCGACACCUGCGCAUGGUGGCUAUCCGAACGUCAGCUCCCUAACGGCGGGCUGAACGGGCGGCCCGAGAAGCUAGAAGACGUUUGCUACAGCUUCUGGGUGCUCUCUUCGCUCUCGAUCCUGGGAAAGCUCUCCUGGAUAGACGCCGACAAGCUCACGUCCUUCAUCCUCUCGUCUCAGGAUCCGGAACAGGGUGGUAUCGCCGACCGACCAGACAACAUGGUGGACGUGUUCCACACUGUCUUCGGCGUUGCCGGACUCUCGCUCGUAGGCUACCCCGGCCUGGUCGACCUCGACCCGGUGUACUGCAUGCCAGCGGCGGUGAUCGAGAAGAAGGGGCUGAGGACAGGGUGGAAGGCGCUGCCGCGGAAGCAGAAGUAGUGAAGGAACGCCAGCGCUGACCGGUGUACGUUAUCGAACAGGUACAGGCCCUUAGAAUGUAUGCGCAUGCCGUUGUUGGACAAACACGAAUGAUAUUGCU